UGCUAAGAGUGUGCCACAGUCAGAUCACAUGACGUGGACACCAACAUGACAUGUAGGCAAGUGAGUUCCCAUGAGUCCAGAAAACAUAUAAUUCAAAUUUAUUAAAAAUUAUCCACAAAAAGUAUUUACCAAGCAAAAUUACAACUGACGUGCAGAAUAAGUCCAGCCGUUUACAAAGCUGCUAGAAAUUAUUUUGGAUAUUGGAUACUGGAAGGUGGCAGUACAAAUGGUUAUUUCAAGGUACUAAUCAAUGUUUUAUUUUCUCCACUUGCAGGAAGACACCCGGGAGUCAACUGCCUGGACCAGAAGAUACAUGAGUUGCAGAACUUAAACAUUAAUGAAGCCCAGUAAAACCGUUAUACUCAAAAACUGUACCCCGCACUUUUUAAAAAUCAAUUUUGUGGAAUAAACUCUCUUGCACAGUUCGCGUUCUGCUAUCAUUAUCUGUGUGCUUGCUGGUUGCCUGUUACAAAUUGGUGUCCCAAAUCCAGUCUAAAUAUGAAAUCAGACUCAUACGAACUUCCUGACAUAAUCUCCAGCCACAAAACCAAUACACAUUUCCUAUCCGCAGAACACAUCUUACCUGUACGAGUACCACCGUUGGACAUCAACAGCGAUUAUGAGCUGUGGAAAUUUCGGAUGGAGCCCCUUCUCGCAGGUCUGCCUCCACAAACCCAGUACAAUCAUAUAAUGCUAGCAAUGAGUGACGUCGCGUUACGGCGUGCAAUCGCUGGUGGAUUUUCCGCAUCCAAUCCGCUCAGCUACAACUGGCAAAUUUUAGAGGAAUGUUUCGCGAAAACCUCUAACACCUCCGCGUACAUGCACACAUUCUUAAGCCGAUGUCAAGAACCAGGUGAAACGGCUACCGACUACUUCCAUCAGCUUCGCCAGAUUGCGUCUUACGCAUUCCCUACCCUGCCUAUUGCGAGCCGAGAUGAGGUUAUUUUCACCCGAUUUACGCAGGGUCUCCUAUCGCACGAACUCAAAUGCCAGUUACUCCGCCAACCAGCUAAAUCAAUCUCAGAAGCUCUCGAGGUGGUCAAACAAUUCGAGAGCGUAGAGCACAUGCUUUCUCCAUCCGCCAGUACGUCAUGCUAUGCUCUCGGGACCACUGAGCGAAGGACAACCGUCCCAGCCCCACAACAACGCCACCCCAAUGCUUCAUCAUCCAACCAAUCUACAAUGCCACCCACAGUUCCUCCCAAACAGAAUGAUGACCCCAGCAAGUGCUAUUACUGUCGUCGGUUCGGGCGCAGAGCAUGGAAAUGCGGGCACAAUAAAAAACCUCAAGGGUCUCCUAUCGCACGAACUCAAAUGCCAGUUACUCCGCCAACCAGCUAAAUCAAUCUCAGAAGCUCUCGAGGUGGUCAAACAAUUCGAGAGCGUAGAGCACAUGCUUUCUCCAUCCGCCAGUACGUCAUGCUAUGCUCUCGGGACCACUGAGCGAAGGACAACCGUCCCAGCCCCACAACAACGCCACCCCAAUGCUUCAUCAUCCAACCAAUCUACAAUGCCACCCACAGUUCCUCCCAAACAGAAUGAUGACCCCAGCAAGUGCUAUUACUGUCGUCGGUUCGGGCGCAGAGCAUGGAAAUGCCGGCACAAUAAAAAACCUCAAGGAAGACAGCCGGGAGUCAACUGCCUGGACCAGAAGAUACAUGAGUUGCAGAACUUAAAAAUUAAUGAAGCCCAGUAAAACCGCUAUACCCAAAAACUGUAGCCCGCACUUUUUAAAAA